UCAUUGCAUUUGAUUCUUUAGCUGUAGCCUCUCUUUCCUCUUCAGUGCUUCUGUGUGCAGAGAGAAGAGAGAGUAGCAAAAAGAGAAUCAACAUUUUCUUCUUCUCCUCCUGCAGACACCCUGAGCUGACGACAUUUGGCUCUGUGUUUCUGGCUUCCCAGUGCAAUUGGAUUCACAGUUAUCUGAAGACAUGGACACUUCACCUUCCAAACAAUAUCCAGUGAAAAAACGAGUGAAAAUACAUCCCAACACAGUGACAGUGAAAUAUACUUCCCAUUAUCCACAGCCUGGAGAAGAGGAAUAUGAAGAAGCUACUGAAGACAAUGAGAGUUUUGUGGAAGAUAACCCCAAAAGAAGACUUCUGAGUGAUGGACAACGAAAAGGAAGGUCCUUCUUCGGAACUAUUGACAUCCCAUCGCAGGCAACACAAAAGCCAGAAGCCAGUAAGAGUGAGCAAGGUCAAGUUUUUGUAGAUGGGAGCAUUUUUCAGUCCAGAAAGACUUGGGCUGUGCUUUUUGGAUCUGCCUUGGCCCACGGCUGUGUAGCCUUGAUAACUAGACUUGCUUCUGAUCGUUCCAAAGUGCCAUCUCUAGAACUGAUCUUCAUUCGUUCUGUCUUACAAGUGUUUUCUGUGUUAGUUGUGUGCUACCACCAAGAGGAUCCUUUUGGACCAAAAGGCCACAGACUGCGACUGUUCUUCUAUGGAGUGUGCAAUGUUAUUUCCAUUACCUGUGCUUACACUUCCUUUGCAAUAGUACCCCCAAGUAAUGGGACUACUAUGUGGAGAGCUACCACAACUGUCUUCAGUGCCAUUUUGGCCUUUUUACUAGUAGAUGAACGAAUGGCUUACAUUGACAUAAUGACUGUUGUGAGUAGUGUCUUUGGUGUUUGCCUCAUCAUGAUCCCCAAUAUUAUUGAUGAAGAAAAUUCUUUGUUUAAUAUUUGGAAGGAGGCCUUUGGUUAUACCAUGACAGUUAUGGCAGGUUUAACCACAGCACUCUCCAUGAUAGUAUACAGGUCAAUCAAGGAUAAUGUCAGCAUGUGGACUGCACUGUUUACCUUUGGUUGGACUGGAACAGUUUGGGGAGUCUCCACCAUGUUUUUUCUUCAAGAACCAAUUAUUCCAUUGAAUGGAGAAAGUUGGAGCUAUCUCAUUGGCAUCUGUAUAUGUUCGACAGUGGCUUUUCUGGGGGUCUAUUAUGCCUUGAGCAAAUUCCAUCCAGCUUUGGUCAGCACAGUUCAGCAUCUGGAGAUUGUAAUAGCCAUGAUCCUUCAGCUUCUUGUGUUACGUAUCUUCCCCAGUGUAUAUGAUGUAAUUGGAGGAGCUGUUAUCAUAAUUAGUGUCUUUUUCCUUGCAUGUUAUAAACUAUCUUGGAAGGACUUAAGAAAGCAAGAUUAUCAGGAGAUACUGGAUUCUUCCAUUAAAUGAAUACCAAAUAGUUGUAUUCUGUUUACUGCCAUGUACAAUUAAUAUGCAUUUAUGUAUGUCUUUUGUAUAGUGUUGUUGACAGCAUACUACCUUUUCUUGUCCAGACACAAGGGGCACAUCUAUCCCAGUAUAGCUCAGUGGAGAUAAUAGUAGAAUUUUUUGUUCUAUAUGUGAGAAAUAUUUUCAGAUGUAAAAACUUGAAAACUAGAUUUCAUUCUUGGCUAGUAUACAAGAAGUGACAAUAUUCGACACAGACAAUUCUUUCUGUGGAGAUCAGGGUCCAAGGCAAGGUAGUCUAUGAAAGGAAAUAGAACUGAGUUGCUUAACUUCUCACAGCAAAGAACAAGGCUUAAUCUGGACAUUUUUUGAAAAUGGAGUACAGGGUUUACCACUUUACCUGCUCCAGACUCUCUGAUGCAUGGGCGACUACAAGCCUAAUCUGGCUUGUUUACCUGCAGUUCUUCUGAGUGGUGGAGUAUAGAGUAAAACUUGAUCUGAUAAUAACAGCCCUAAACCAUCAUCUCAGCAUUAGGGCUUUCUGUUGGCUGAAGACCAGACUGUAUAAGAGAGUGUUAGCACAGGAAGAAAUAUGGAUAAAUAUUUCCAUAUUUAAUAUUUCCAUAUUUAAUGGAAAUAGAUAAAUAUGGUAAAUAUGGUAUGCUGGUAAAUAUGGAUGCUGAAGGAGACAGAUCAUUGUUCAUGGUAACCUUAUGUACUACUUCCUUGUAGUAUGUAAUAUUUUAUAAAUAAGAAUUUUAACAUGUAUGUGUUAAUAAUAACAAUAAUAAUAAUUCA